AUGAGACCGGCUGUUAUUUUAAGAUCUGUCAAACCAGCAUUGCCAAAACUUCGAUAUAGAGAAGGUGCUUCGUUUGAUCGAAAUUUUCCAUCUGGCAAACAGACAAAAGUUUGGGAUAAUAAAAACCGUGAUGAAUUUUUUCGAAAAAAGUAUGCACAUGUUCAUGCGCGCCAGCUUAAACAACAAGACAAUGCCAGUGAUAGACAUACCAUUCCUGGCUUGUCGAAAGAGUUAAAUGCUCAAAAAUCCUAUGAAAAGAAACGGUCGAGUAAACCUCAACUUAUUUCGUUUAAUGAAUAUAUAUAUGGCAAAUCAAGUGUGUUAGCGGCGCUUUUAGGUACUAAAAGAACUGGUCUCACAAUAUUAUAUACAUCAAAAUCGGCUGUAACUGCUGAUUUGCGUAUUGUUCAAGCAGCAAAACAGCGCAAUGUGCUUAUAGAGUAUGAAACACCCAAGAAUAAAAUGGAUCAGCUUACAUCAAAUGGUAUACACAAUGGGUAUGCCCUUAGAGCACGACCAUUAGUUUUACCCCGCGCACAAUCUCUUGUGUUUAAUGAUUUUGGAGAUAACAGUAUCAAUCAAGAAAAAUUUGAAGAGUCAUCCUACGCAGUUGUAGAGCACAAGUUUGAAAAGCCCACGCUUGUUCCUCAUAAGCUAACGCGAGUGGAUAUUAAAUCAAAUGCUGUCGGUAUAUACAUUGAUGAGGUUACAGAUCCACAUAAUUUGGGUGCAAUUUUACGAUCUGCUCAAUUUCUGGGUGCUGAUUUUGCAGUUAUUUCUACCCUCAAUUGCUCUAAAAUGUCUCCAGCUGUUUCCAAAGUAUCAGCAGGUGCUUUAGAGACCUUUUCUAUAUACUCAUGUGAAACACCCCUCAAUUUUUUUGACGAAUCUAAAUUGCAAGGUUGGAAUAUUAUAGCAGCAGUACCUCCUAGUAUUAAAGUGCCAACAGCAAAACGGAUAAAACCUAGUGAGCUUCCCAUAAUUAACAUUGAUGCGCCGUCUCUUUUAGUCGUGGGCUCAGAAGGUGAAGGUUUACGUAAAUCAUUACUUCAAAGGUGUACACAUGUGGUAUCAAUAUCCAGUGGAUGUAACAAUGUUACUAAUACCGAAAAAAAUGACAUUGCAGAGAAGGAUCUUUUGGAUUCCCUCAAUGUUAGUGUCGCUGCUGCACUUCUAAUUUCUCGUUUUAUGAAAGAUUAA